CGAGUCCGGAAAGGUCACGGACUUGGGGGUGGAAGAAGGACUUGGAAGGUGCCAAUCCGUUGAUCUGACGAAACACCUCACACGUUAGCCUUGAAACAAUUGGGGGAUUCACUAAUACGAGAGUGAGAGGGGCAUGCUGAAAUAUUAGAUCAGACGACGGACAUGGUGGAAUCCAUUGCUGGAGCAUUGGGGAACGAUUCCUGUCCUCGACGUCUAGAGUGAAAGUGAGGUCCAAUUUGAGGGGGAGCUUUGGGGGUCGGUGCAUGAGCUUCACGACGGCGAUAGUGGGGUGCUGCCUGCCACUCUGCCUAGAGACAAGCGAUAGACGAGAUGGUGAUUCGACGAGUCUCUGAAGGAAUAGGCAGCAAGCCGUGCCGGAGACUCCCCACCACCUAUACAGCCAUGCUCGAAGCACCCGCCCUAUCGCACCUUCCCCUUGAACCGCAGGCUGGCAUCGGGGCACACGAGGAAGCAAACCAGGUGAAACAGGAUUCCCGCCCUAAAAGACCAUGUAGCGUGGGAUAUCUGGCGGCGUGCGGCGUUGAGCAAGUCUCGGAGAGAAGUGGUGAUGGGCGGUUGAGGACGAGCAGGGACGACGUCGCUUUGGCAGAGAUUUUUUUUUUUUCUCUUCACUGUCUGGGAGGUCUGGACAGGAUGGGAGCGGAUCCGGGCAAGGAAGCUGUGGUACACUGUGGUACGCUCGAGAGGAAGGGUCCGAGAGGUGCCAGUGCGGUGAGACCUCGUGGCUGCAGGUACAUAUGGAGACCGCAACGGCUAGUGGGUAGUGAUGAUGUCUGCAGGCCUAGGGGGGGGGGUGUGAAGGUUAAAACAAGGUGGGUGUAUUAAGGAACGACUGCACUCUGGAGGCACUCCGUCCACUUUUCGCGAAAAGAGUUAUUGCGGCUGCAACGAGAAAUAAUUGGGCGUACCAAGACGAUGCGCGUGGGCCGGCCAACUGCCAGCGAGC